AUGCAUUAUCCAUGGCUUCUCUCAUCGCAAAUACUGGCACUAACAUGUCUUGCAACUCAAGCAGCUCAGAUACAAAAUAAUGGACGUCAAAUCGAGCCUUGUGCCCAAGUCUCCGAUUGGAUUGCACAGGCAAAGACAAUUAAAGGGAUUCCGGGAAACCUGGCCUAUGGCUGUCUGACUUCGAUGCCGUUCGAUGCUGAGGAUGCCGUCAAGUUUGUCGACGAAUAUCGCAAGUAUCUACAGUUCCAGUCGACGAUCGAGAAUUUGAAGACUCCCCCCGGCCAAUACUCCAUGCCGUCGACAGAUUUACUGGGCGGGCUGGACAAUAUCAGACGAAAGGCUCAGAAUCACGACUACUCUAGCCAUUGGGAUUUCGAAUCAGAUUUGACACAACUCAUCAGUUCAGCACAUGACGCCCACCUGACUCUACAGCUCUGCUCGACAGUGCUCUUUCGCUUCUCAAACUCGGUUCCUCUGGUCUCACUGUCUUCGGACGGCCUGGAGCUGCCGCAGGUAUACACACUCGCCAGUCAAACCGCUCUGGGAACGCCCCGCAACAAUGGUCUCUGGUCACGGAACGUAGGAGAGAAGUGGACUGGCGACCGGCUCACCCUCACUUUCGCCAACGGCUCCUCCGUUGAGGGUCACCGAACAGCCGAUCUCAUACCACAGGAAUUUCCAUACCGCAAUGGUACCGCACUCUUCAACGCCCGCUGUCGCAAAGAAUCAAUUCCAACGACGGCCACUGCAGCAUCCGACAGCGGGGGCUAUCCCAACACAACCUGGUCUAGCUACGGCGGAUUAAUCGCGGGAUAUUUCUCACAGGAUGAGGCACUUCGGGACGUUGGUGUGCUAGCGGUCACCACCUUCUCGAUCGAUGCUGCGACCAUGCAGCGGGUCAGUGUGGAUUUUCUGCGAAACGCGACCGAAGCUGGAAAGAAGAGGAUAAUCGUGGAUCUGUCCGGCAACCCCGGGGGGAGCCUGACUGCCGGUGUGGACCUUUUUCAUAUCUUCUUUCCGGACGUGGUGCCAUAUACCGCGACUCGGCUGCGGGCUCACACCGGUGCAGAAUUUUUGAGCAAAGCAUUCGCCAGACUAGCGGAGUCGCAUCCAAAGCUUCAGUUUGAGCUCUGGGACGGGAACCCGUUUUCCUGGCAGGCCGCAGUGACGCCAAACCAAGAUGACAAUUUCAAGUCGCUGGAGGCCUGGUACGGACCGUAUGAGAUUGACGGGGCGCCAUUGUCCAAUCUUUAUGCCAAUUUCAACUUCACCAGCAUCUCAACGACACACUCUCCAAUCACCGGAUACGGGCCGAUUCCACUCGACCUGUCGCAGCGAUUAUAUUUUCCGGAGGAUAUCAUCAUUAUCACCGAUGGCAACUGCCUCUCAACAUGUGCCUACUUUGUCGAUCGAAUGCAGCGACAAGGAGUUCGCACGGUCGCGUUCGGCGGAAGACCUCAGUAUGGACCUAUGCAGGCCAUUGGCGGCACUCGUGGCGGCCAGAAUCUGGCAUACGGUGGGAUCUACUCUUAUGUUGAAACGGCGCACAAUUUGAUCCGGAAGUCUCUACGGAAUGGCUCGACACCUCUGAUGUCAUUUCAAGAGUGGGCGCAAUUCAACCGAUCGAUCCCCCGCGACCCCGAUGAGUUCCCGUUCGUCUUUGGCGGAGGAGUCAACCUGCGCAACGAGUACGCGCCCGGUGACGACGCAACACCGCAGCAAUUCACCUACCAGGCGGCGGACUGUCGGCUGUUCUACACAGCAGAAAGCUGGUUCUCGCAGGAAGAAGUGUGGCGAGCUGCAGCAGUGGCGUUGUUUGGAGGCAAAAGCAGCUGUUCUGUCCUUGGCUUCGGCGAGGGAUCAAUCCCGUUUGAAGGUUACGUUUUCCUGGGAGGUGGUGAAUUGGUCAUGGGCGGCGAUGAGCGUGGAGUAGCCGCCCUGGAAUAG